AUGCUGAAGCCGAACACCCGCUCGCGAGCUCGCACCAACACUCGCGACAUCGAGAGCCCCACGCCCCAGCACGCCCAUGUAAAUGCAAAGGAGAAAUUUAUGAGGAUAAAGCAUGCUUACAAUAUUUUGCUGAAUCCUGAAUCUCGGAGCAGAUAUAACACUGGGGAUCGAACAUCAGAUUUCUCCUACUCCAAUGGACGAAACAAAAAUGCCCAAGAAGAAGAAUUUUAUGGAUUGGGCGACUUUUUUAGAGACCUUCAAGAAGAAUUUCGAAAUUGGGAAGCAAGUGCCUCUUCACAGGGGAAGCCAAAGAGUCUUUGGGAAGAACUUGCGGAAAUCGGGGAAGAAUUUGUGGAGUACCUUGAAAAGGAGCUCAACAUUAUGGAUUCGGUGACCGAGCCAAACGAGGAGACUGGUCAAGAAAAUACUUUCACGAGCCCUUCGGAAGAGAAAAGAGAAAGCUCGGCUGGAAUAAGUAGCAGUCUUGAGGAGAACAUUGACGAAAUCGAAGCUACGCUUGCAAAGCUGAAAAAGGAAUUAGGUAUAUAG